CCAGCAUUUUGCAGGUUGCUUGCAUAUUAAGGGAACCGGUUCCCCACAUGCCAGACCAUCAAGUUGCUCUCUCCGUUGUGCAUGAGAUAUUCUACGUCCCCUGUGGGUCACCAUCACAGCUGCAAAAGGCGAAGGGAUUGAAGCCGCUACCCUAUCCUAACUUUACUCGCACCAGACAGAGAUCUUGUAACAAUGUUCCUCAGCCUCAUGCCAUCCUAUAUUACUCUCAACGAACGACCAAGGGGGGUCUUUUGAUAACUGAAGCUAAUGGUGUUUCUGACACUACUCAUGGCUAUGCUGAUACACCUAUAAUAUGGACAAAGAACCAGUGGAAGCAUGGAAGCCCAUUAUGGAUGCUGUUCGUGCCAAAGAUGAUAUUGUUCUACCAUUUGCUAAUGCAAUCCCAUGGGAAGAGAUCAGUAUGUUUGUUGACGAGGAAGAUGUCCUUAAGUUGCCAGACCAUGCUCACAUCUAUACCCUCGAAAGUAAAUGCUAAGAGGCAAAGAUUGCUUGCUUACCCUUCAAUGGAACAAGCCAUGUUAAUCCCUCAACCUGCUCAGCCAAGCGAUGUAUUCCAUUAAGUUCGAAGUGGGCUUGCUCCUUAGUUGCCACAUGACAAGAUUAUAGCCUGUGUAGAAGAUCUAUUUUUUGAAAAAUGUGUACAUAAUGAUAUUUCGUUACAAUCAUUCCUUUGGCUAACUAAUUUUAAGCAUACAUGAAAGGAAAUUGAAAA